AUGAAGACAAUUUUCCUGAUCGGCCUGCUCAUUGCGGCCGUCUCUGCGUCACCGAUUACGGAUCGCCUUGGCAAGAUCGAAGCAAACCUUACUCACCUUUGGGGUAUGGUUCAUGACAUGGAACACCAUCAUGGCGACGGUGUACAUAUUCACGUCCAAACCGACGGACCAGAUGGUGGACACAGUCACGAAACCACACACUUGGACAAGGAUGACAAUGCCGCUCAUGUCUACCUACACAUGAACAUGGACAUGCAUGAUGACUUCGGGGACAUGUUUGAAAUGACUGAAUUCUCCGAAAUGGAAGAUGAUUCCAUGGAACAUCAUGGCUUUGACGACGAUAAUGGCCAUAAUCAUCCAAAGAUGAUGCAACACAAAAAAGGUCAACAUCACCACCACCACCACCACCACCACCAUCAUCAUCACGGAGGUUCAUUGGAGGCUCAUUGUGACUUGAUCUCUAACUCGGACGGCAAAACUUCAAUGGGACACAUUCAUUUGAAAGAGAUGCAUGGAGGAAAAUUGUCUGUCGAUGUUGACUUUGAUUGCCCGAGCAACAUCAGCCCAGGGAGCAAGCUUGGCCUUCACGUACAUGAGGGUUCAGACUUGAGUCAGAACUGCAAUUCUCUUGGAGGACAUUUCAACCCUCACAACGUAAAUCACGGUUCGAGAUUGAGCCCGAUGCAACAUCGCCACGUUGGUGACUGGAGCAAUUUGAUUUGUGACAGCAAAAACAAAGCGGACGAUAAGUUUUAUGAAUAUCAGACGAGCCUAUCAGGACCUCACUCCAUCAUGAAUCGAUCAAUUGUGAUUCAUGCUGGAACCGAUGAUCACGGCAAAGGAGACAGCCCAAAAAGUAAGAAGAAAACGCAUCGCCUGCUCGAAUUGAUUUGCCAAUACGAAAGAAAGUGGAGGCUCGUUCAGAAAGCUUACACUGAAAGUGUGAAAAAGCCCAAGUUCGGAUUGCUAGUUUCUAUUACAAUGAAUGCAUCAGGAAACACGACCACAGGGAAUUAUACUAUAACACCCGGUACAAUUCUCAAACCUGAACGUCCUGGACCCAGUCAGUCAUUUUCAUCUCUAAUUCCAGUAUUUGUAGUGGUGCCUCUGAUCCUCCUAGGAAUUAUUGGUGCAGUUUCUUUUUACGCCUGUAAGUGGAGAUUCCAAUACCGGCGGAAAGCAUUGAAGCUACCAAAGCCCGAUCCGGAAACUGAGCUGCCUGGAAAAUACAAAUUGUCAAAUUUAUGUUCAAUAAACAUAAAUGGUAACAGAGUAUUGAUGCCUCCAUCUCCAAGCCAAAGAAAAGAAUCUCGUGAACGAAAUAGCUGUGAGUCUGAGGUGACCACUGCUGAUAAUAUUUACGAUCUACCGAGCACAUAUGAGGGAGAUACUCAGCCAGUGUAUGAAAAUUGUGACAUUUCAUUUUAUGAAAACUGUGAUGUCUCACACUAUGUCAACUUGAGAUGA